CGUGGCGGCGGGGCGAUGGCGAGCGGCUGCGGGGCGGCCGCUCCGCACCCCGGCGGCCCCGGGGAGCCUCCCGGCGUGGCGGCGGGGUGCUCGUGGCCCUGCUCGCCGCCGGGCGGGCUGGCCCGGGUGCUGUGCGUGCGGCGAGGCGGGGCAGCGGGGCCGUGCGGCGCUUCCCCCGGCGGCAGCGAGGCUGUGGUGGCGGAGCGGCGGGCGGGCGGCGGGGGCGAGACGGGCUGCGUGCUGCAGCUGGAGUGCCGGCCGCCCGGCGCCGAGGAGGUGGCCGCCGUCGGCGUGGUGAGCGAGGCCCGCAACAUGGAGGUGUACGCGGGCGAGGAGUACUGCGGCACCGGCCGCGGCGAGAGCCUGGGCGCCGCGGUGCCGCAGGGUGAAACUGAAAAGGUUACUUUAUACAAAAAGUAUCUGAAAUUGGAAUGCCCAGCAGCCUCCUGUAGAAUUAAGCUGCUCUCCAUUGGUGAGAAACAAAGGGUACUCAUCAGUAAAAUAAUUGUAGAAGUGAAAACAGUGUCUGCAAAACUAGCAACUGAUUUUCCUUCACUAGGAUCGAGCAUAGAUCUAGACAGAGUGCAAACUAUAAUGGAAUCUAUGGGAUCUAAGUUGUCUCCUGGUGCUCAGCAACUCAUGGACAUGGUCCGAUAUCAGCAGAAAAACAGUUUACCUCUUGGAGACAAACUUAGUUGGAUCUUUGGGAAAAAUUCAGACUUUGGAGAUGAGAAUCCAGUAGAUGGAUUACACAGUGCAACUAUUCAGAUGUCACAGGAUCAAUCAGCCAGUGAACCUUUGUCUGUCAAAAACCCUUUAACAAGUGAAACAGUAUGUGAAGACUCAAAAAUAAAUCUUGAUCAGAACACACAGGUACCUGAAAGAGAGAAUACUUCUGAUUCUGGAGGACUUACUACCCAGCAAAAUACAGUUGAUUUCAGAAAUGAUCUUAAAGUCAUGGGAUCUUUGCUUAUGCAGGAGCAAACAAACCAAAAUGUAGCUAGUCCACAGGUGCUUCUUCCUUUUCUUCAAAACAUCUGUAGUCAGGUUAAUCAUCUUCGGCUAAAAGAUGGUGAUAGGCAUCUCAGUAAAAAUACGGUGACUAAAGAGGAAGGCAUUCAGGCUGUUGGAGUAGAACAGCAGCCUAUUUGCUCCUAUUUGGAAAAGAUCAUCUCAAAAAAUAUGGAUCUGAUGGAGAAAAAACUAAUGGACUAUAUUGAUCGCCAAAUCCAGGCUCUUCAGACGCACAUAGAUAAUAAAAUGGUUCUGUUAAUGGACUUGGUUCAGAACUCGAAGCAAAACAAAAUUUCACAAGCACACUGUGAUUCUAGUGAGGGGUUCUCUAAUGGAGAAAGAUAAAUGUAUAUAGAUAUAGAACUACAAUGUAAGUAUUUUUAAGGGCAAUUACUCUUUACAAAGCUAAGUAUUUAUGGAGUUAUAACCGUAAAGAACCUCAGUGUUGUUAACUUGCAUUAUGUUACUGUAAUUCUAUCCACUAUUGUACACAGUUCUUAGCUUUAUGAAAGAUCAUAAGAACCUAUGGUUUUCCUAAAUAAGAAUUUUGUGUGCCCUUUGUGGCUUAUUUAUUUAAAGAGCAUUGCUAAAAGCCCUGUAAAACACAGUUUCCCAGUUUCAGUUUGAACAAGGGAGAGGAGUACUCUAAAUAAAUCGAGUUACAGCUUAUCUCUUUACGUACACGUAAUUAAUUCAAUUUUCUUCUGUCUUGUAUGUAGUGUGUUACCCCUAGAAGGCAACAUGGUUUCCUUGUGGCUUUGGUUUAUUUUAAUGGCACUCCUGUUGAAGUGGUUUAUUACUCCAGCUGUGGAAGGAAUGGCAGUACUUGUAUCGCUUCAUUUAAACUCUGCAAGAAAUCAGGUGUAGAGAGGUAGAAUCCCCAACCUGGGUUCUUUGAAAGCCCUCCUGGCUGUACAGGCACCAAAGUUAGGAAUACAGGUUCCUUAUGUGAUGUCUAAAAUGGGGAUGUUAGGCUUUUUCCUUCAUAAAUGAAUUGAGCCAUGCAGGAACAACUGUAAUAAAUGUAUACAGAACAGACUUGUAUUUACCCAUGUUUCACUAUCUGAAGAGAGUACUUCAUUCGUGGUCCUUCCCCAGGGGGACCUGCUAUGCAAAACAGAAUGUGCUGGGUUAGGAUCUGCUGCGUUUCAGCAGUCUUAGGCCAAAGAAUUAGUCUUAUUGUGUCAUGUUUACUGUAAUCUCUUUGGAUCAGAUCUGCUGUCAUUUGAGGAGGUACAAGUAUGUCUCAAAGUCCCUCGUUAUUGGAAGGUCGGUCUUCAUGCUUCAUUUUGGUAAUUGCUCUUUGAAAUCUGGGGUGCACCGUUUAACUUUGACUGUACAGGGACUUAACAGUGGACUCCUAAGUUGAACGUAGAAAGAGUGGUUGCAUUUGGUGUCUUGAAAUGCUUUGAGCAAAAGCUAUAGAUGGAGAAGCAAGUGUUGAGUGAACAAGCAGAGGCAUGUAGUAGGCAUGUACAAUCCAGUCUCUUUAACUAGCUUACCUAAAAUUUUCUACUCCAAGAAAACUGAUGUAUUUUGGAGACAAUCAGCAACUCACAAAAGUAGAUUGCAAAGACAGGACAACUUGUAUAGAACAAAUAUCUCAUAGUUGUCCCUCAACAUAGCUCAUGCCAAGUGCUGUUUCAAAGUGAUUUGAAAAUAUAAAAAUUUUUUUUUUUUUUGAAGGACCUAAAUUCUCAUACUUCAGAGGUAUACAUUUACUUCUAGAGUUAUUUUUAGAUGCUUUCUAAACAGUAACACCCUGAUGUAGACACCAGCAUUCUUUCAACUCAAUUUAAGAUACAGUCAAGGUUGAGGUGGUUCUCUUUUUAUAAUUAAAAAGGUUGAAGUGUUUCCAAGCAUUGUUGCGUUCUGGGGCUGUUAGUUUAUUGAGUUUGUUUGUUGGUUUCUUUUUUUCCCUCUCCCCUCUUUGAGUGACAAAAUCUGAACAGAAGUUGACACAAAUUCACAAUAUCCUGAAGUAGUUAAUAUGAACUGUGGAGUUUCUGGUAGCCAUAUGCUGGCUGGCGUUUGUAAUGUUUUAGUAUUGUAGCUACCACAAUAAUAACAUUUGAAAUCAGAGCCACAAAUGAAAGAAUGUAGAAGCUCUUUCGUUGCAGGUUUGAGGUUUCUUCAGCAUCUGUUUUAGUGAGGGUUUCUGUGUAGAGAAAACAGAAAGUGGCAUGUUUAAAGUUUUCUGAAUACCAUGUCAUUUCAGUGAAGGCUCAGCAUUUUUCAGAUAUUUUUUCUGAGGGGUUGACCAUACUGAUUUGCAAAUUCUGAACUUGUACUGAAGAAUUGUAAAAUUUUAUAAUAAAAUGACAAUGCAUAAGGGCAUCACAAUGUUAAUAAAUACUUUUGUAUCACUGCAGUCAAGUUCUUGCCCAUCAGUGUUAUCAUUAUCUUCAGAAAUGGAUAGAUGGGAGACGUUGAAGCAAUGUUGGGCAAAAAAGGAACUUGUGAUUCUAACCCUGUACCUUCUAAGAGUUGCCUAGAUGGUCCUUGGUAAAGCUGAUUAUUUUUCUGGAAAUCAUGGAAGACACUAUGAGAAUUGAUCUGUUUUAUAAUACUUUGAAUGUGAUCUGUUUGCACUUGAAACUUUUUCACUUUGUAAAUGUGUCCAGUUUCUAGCAUGUGGUUGCAAAAUUUUUCGCUCAUCGAAAUAAAUGGGAACAUGUUUAAAGUGCUGCUAAAGUUGAGAGGUCAAUAAAUGUUUAAUAUAUUAGUAUUAAGAGCCUGACUAAUAGUAAGUACUUUUAUUUAGCAGCUGAAAGCAUGUGGUACAACACACUUUUCUUGGGUGAAGGUUUGUGCCCAAUAAAAGAUGGAGCAAAAAAUACAGUGGGAGUUGCAGUAAAGGCUUUUUAAAAUAGCCGUCCUGUAUUUUCCAGUCUGUUUCACUUUAGCUCUCAGUACUGAAAUGUCUUGCCAUUCAUAACUUUUUUUCUGAAUGUGUAGUAAUUCUGCAUAUACUACUUCUGUAAUUAGCAGUGCUUAUUUUUCUGCAUCGAAGAUUUGAACUCAAAAGACUGUCAUCAGUCUAUCAGUUUGAAAAGUACUUCUGUGAUUGACACUGUAUCAGUUCUGCACUAGUAAAAUUCACUUAUUAGUAGAAUGAAGGUAAUGGAUUUACACCAAGGAAGAGCUUAAUCGGAUCCUUAAUUUAUGUAUCCCUCUUACCUGAGUGAUCAGCAGCCCUGAGAUCUCUCUUCAGGCGGAUAGGACCCACUACAGUCUUGGCUUUCCAAGUGUAUGAAGAAGCAGCUCGUUUCUGCCUGGAGAUACAGCCUUCAGUACAGCGAGAGUUUGUGGUACUGUCACAAAUCAAAAUGUCACACUGGAGAUAAACUGAUGAAAAGCUCCGCAGGAACCUGAAGGCGUUAAAUUUGAAUCUUCCAUAGUGCUCAAUGGGUGGGUAGGUUACCACAGUGUCAUCUUUAUUACAGCUGCAACAGAAUUUACAGAUUUGUUAAGGAGGUCCGCAUACAAUAACCAUUCUUGCUAAAUAAAUACUCAGCUGUAACCAGAGCAU